AUGUCUAACGAAGGCGGAGAUCUCAAUCAAAUGGCCAAGGACGGCACUAGCAUUCCCGGUGAUGCUGGAAAACAGAACACGAUCCCAUCAGUGCCCAACCCGGCCCAAAAAUCACAAGAUGCUUCCGGCGGAAUCGGCGCGGCCUAUCUACACAGCGCGGCAGAUAACCCUAUCGGCAUAAACAAAGACGCGGACGACAAUGCGGUUACGGCGAGCGGACAUGCUGUACCCCAAUCGACGGCCGCCAAGCACAGCGGUAGCGGUGGCAAAGAACGGGAACCCAAGAGGUUUCAGUAG